AUGAGUUCGGAUUCAGAGUUUGUUCAGAGGCUCGAGUCAUUGCUGUGCGUUUCAUUUGGGGGUUCAGUCACGGACUCAGUGUUAUUGAUUUUUACGACUUCAGUGGCAGUGAUAUUUGGGGUUUUGGUGCUGAUAAAUCCUGUCAAUGAGAGACAGACAGCUACAGCAGAGAGGCUACUACCUUCUAGAGCAUCUUGUGGUCCUCAAUCACCAAAAGCAGAUCUUUUUAAUGGAAGGACUACUUCGGUUUCAUCAAGUGUCUCUACUUCAACAAGUUUAGUUAGGGAUGUUACCUCAGAGUCUUUGCAUAAGUCAAUUCGACUUAUUUUUUCUACGUGCUCUGUAAUUGGGUUAUAUAUAUUUUUUGCUCUUUCACUACAGAAAUUUAAACUCAACCCAGCAACAAAAAUAUUCUCCCCAGCUUUUACAAAUUCCACAUCAACAACUCUUGCAAUACAAACAGUUGUUGGCUUAGGUUAUCUGCCAAACCACUCUUCUGCGAUACCUGUUCUUGCUCAGUCAGAGCUUGGAUUAAGCCCUUUUGGAUCUCAUUCAUCUGUACCUGUUAAGAUUCUCCCUUAUGGUAAUUUUCCAACUGGAAAUGUUGUUGCGGCUUCUCAGUUUCCGCAACCUAUUGUUGGACAUAUGGGAAGCACGAUGCAACUACUUAGAUAUUCUAGCCAAUAUCCUAUUCAGGCUGGACCAGGCAUUGUGCAUCCAAAUUCUCAAUCAGUCAUGGUUGGACGACUCGGGCAGCUAGUUUAUGUGCAUUCAGUUUCUCAAGAGAUGGUUCAGGGUGUGACAACUCUCUCUUCACUAUUUGCUCAUCCAUUGUCGUCUCCCCAUCAGAUUCAGUUUCCAAAGCACCAAGGAACUACAGCAGCAGCCCAAGCAAUGCAGCUAAGAGUUGCUCCACCUUUGAUAGCCACUGGAGAGCAACUCUAUGCAGUGCCACUCCCAAUUCCUAAUAGGCUAAAACUCUACUUGGAUAUUUAAAAGAACCAAGACAAUUAUAUAAGAGAACCAAGGCAAUAAGAAAUUCUUCUUCAAGUUGGGUAUUAUUUUAUUUCUUGCUUGUAAGAAUUAUGUACAGUAAGGUUUUUAUUUAUGUAUAUAGUUUUGUUGUGUUCUACCAUUGUAUGUAAUAGAUAGAUUAAUUUCAAUUGUAAAAGUUAGUUUUUUUUUAAAAAAAAAAGAUAAUUAAAUUGUUAAUAUAAUUAGCUCCUUGUAAAAAUUUUGUUAU